GAGUCGAGAGUAUAUUACUAUAUUAUUUUUUUUUUUCGCGGAUGGUGUUAAUGUCGAAAUAGUAAUUUAAAACGAUAUUUAUUAUUAAUUAAACACAGUUUUUAAGUGAUUUUAUAAAGUUUAUAUAAGGAUAAUUUCUUAUCGAUAUACGAUGGAAGAGAAAGCGAAAAGGAGAUAAAUAUUUUUUCUUGUGUUUUAACAACACUAGAUCGUCUCGUCUUCUGUUCAAAGGUGUAAUCUCAUCAUAAUAUGCUGGAACAAAUUAAAUUUGUAUAAUAUGGGGGAUGAUAACAAGCCAUUUGCAUGUAAUAUUGAUGGUUGUGGAAUGCAUUUUACAAAUGAAGAUCAUUUGACUGUUCACAAAAGAAGACAUCAAAUGCGUUUAAACCUCAAUUCAUCAAAUAUUAGAAAUACUGUGGCUGAUCAGACACCUACUCCUACAAGAUUUAUCAAAAUAGGAGAAGAAUAUGGAUUGUUUCAGGAUUUGUCAAAUGUUAAUCCUUUUGAAGAACAAUUUCGUAAGGCAUCACAGUCUGUGGAGAAAGGACAAAUCUCUAUUAAUGAGGUAAAAAAAUUUUCAAAUGAAGUAUGUUCAAGUGGACAAAAUUUUAUUAUUUUUAAAAUACAGCUACAUUUUUAA